UUGGAAUACUGUACCCGCCAUAAGCCUUGCAAAAAUGGUGCUUCAUGCCAAAACGGUGGACCCGGCAAUUAUACAAGUUAUACAUGUAACUGUUUUCCUGGUUAUUCUGGAAAACAUUGCGAGAUCAAGCUUGAUGGUUGCCCAGUUUUUAGGUUAAGAAAGGCUUUGCCAAAUAAGCAUACGAAGAGUUGCCAAAAUGGGGGUCUUUGUUUACAAAAUUCAGUGUCUGCCUACUACUGCAAAUGUCCUCCAGGAUACUCCGGUGUUUAUUGCGAAGAAAAAGUGGUUUGGUGCAAAGAUAGGUGUCGUAACGGUAAUAAAAUGUUUUUCUGGUCGCGAUAUAUUGAAUCCAAUACCUAUGUGAAAAAAUUUUCAUGGAAUUCUAAUUGUGUCUUUAUACUUGCAGAUGGAAACUGUAUCCUCAAAAAUAAAAACGGGAACUAUAGUUGCGAGUGUAAAGCGGGUUACACCGGACGGUUUUGCGAAAGCAGACUGCAAAUCUGCGAAUUUCAAAAUCCGUGUAAGAAUGGCGGGUCUUGUGAAGCGAUGCCAUCAAGUUUCUUGUGUAAAUGUUUGCCUGGUUUUUGGGGACAUUUCUGUGAGUUCCCUUUGGAUCCUUGCGAAACUGCUGUGUGCGACAAUGGCGGACAGUGCAUUUCAACUUUUGACGGGCAUUAUGAGUGUCGAUGCCCUCCUGGUUUCCGCGGUAAAAACUGUGAUAUUCGUGACGUUAGUUCGACGUACAAAUACAGUUUGCUAUCUAGUAUUAUCUGUUUUCCAGCUUGA